AUAUACUGGUAGUGUGUGUUUUGUUGUAGUAUAUGUGAGAGAGAUAUGGACGUCAUUGAGGUGCUUCGUAUGAAUGGUGGUGAUGGAGAUAGUAGCUAUUCAAACAAUUCUUUUAUACAGAGAAAGGUGAUAUCAAUGAUCAAACCCAUAAUUGAAGAUGCUUUGACCAAUCUUUAUUGUGGUAUGAACUUCCCAAAAACUCUAGUCAUGGCGGAUCUUGGAUGCUCAUCUGGACCCAACACAUUACUAGUGGCAUCAGAGCUCAUCAAGUCAAUUGACAAGAUCAGACUCAAGUUAGGUCAUGAUGAAUCACCCGAAAUUCAAUUCUACUUGAAUGACCUUCCACAUAAUGAUUUCAACACCAUUUUUCGUUUGGUGUCGAAAUUUCAAAAGAACCUUACACAACCGAUGGAGCCCAACUCGUCUUUACCACCAUGUUACUUUUCUGGAGUCCCAGGAUCAUUUCAUACUAGACUUUUUCUUAACAAAAGCCUUCAUUUUGUGCACUCUUCGUAUAGUCUCAUGUGGCUCUCCCAGGUUCCUGAAAUGGAGAAUACAAACAAAGGAAACAUAUACAUCUCAAAAACAAGCCCUCCGAGCGUAAUAAAAGCAUACCACGAGCAAUUUCAAAGAGAUUUUUUGAUGUUUCUCAAGUGUCGUGCGGAAGAGAUGGUAAGCGGAGGUCGUAUGGUUUUGACAACACUAGGGAGACGAAGUGACGAUCCUUGUAGCAAAGAAUGUUGUUACCUUUGGGACCUCUUAGCCGAAACCCUAAAUAAUAUGGUUGUUGAGGGACUUAUAAAAGAAGAGAAAAUGGAUUCAUUCAACAUUCCACAAUAUCUUCCUAGCCAUAAAGAAGUCAGUAAUGAAGUGAAUAAAGAAGGAUCAUUCGUAAUUGAUUGCGUUGAAGUUUUUGAAGUUAAGUUAUCCGAAGAGGAUGCACAAGGAACGAAUAUGGGAAAAACUAUGAGAGCUGUCGCAGAGCCUCUACUCUUGAGUCACUUUGGCGAGUCAAUCAUCGAGGAGGUGUUCACACGGUACACGAAUGUACUUAAGAACCACUUGUCCUUAAAGGAUAGCAAGCUCGUCAACGUCUGUGUCACUGUUUCGAUGACUCGAAAAGGGUGAACAUUAUGAUUUUAUAUUAGUGAUGAUUUGUUUAAUAAAAAUGUUACUGUUUUGUUGUAAGGUUCAAAUAAAAUGUUUGGUCUUUUUAACACCA